AUGGCUUUAACAAAAUAUCAUGUCCUGUUUGCCUUCGAAGAUCGAUGGGUUGCUGUCAGCCGGAUCACUCACGAAGUCGUUCAGCAGCAAGACUGGGCCAUGUCGACAUAUGGGCCACUUCGAAGUCUGGCGAGGGACCAGCAUGGUGAGAGGCUGUGGAUCUGCUCAGAGCGGCAUGCCUUUGAACUACUUACUGAGAAGGAAGACAGAAAUGUUUGGGCCUUGCUUUUGAGACUGGAGCAGUUCGAUGAUGCGCUGGCCGCGUGCAAGAAGCAGUCCGACCGUAUGCGUGUGCUUGCGGCGCACGCGGACUCGCUCUUCAGGGAAGGAGCUGGCAUCGAGUCUGCGAGGAAAUUCGCCCAAGCUACCGCUGUACCGUUUGAACAUGUUGCCUUGCGGUUUCUGGCCGGGGACAUGAAGGCAGCACUUGUGGAGUAUCUGCGCUGUCGGCUCAGCAGAGCCAAUGACCAGGUGACACGAGCUUUGCUCUACUCCUGGGCUGUCGAGAUCUCACUUGCAGCCCUUAACGGUUCACGCUUUGCAAAUACGUUGGGUUCCCGUGGCCACGAAGAUCGGCAAAUAUUAUUGGACCUUCUUAAAGAGAGCCGCGAUCUGGACGUUCAUGCCACCAUCUACCACUUGCUGCAGAGCCACGGUUGGUUGGAUGAAUUGGCUCAGUUUGCAGAGAUGCGACGGGAUUUCACGACUGUAAUCUUGCACCACGUAAGCCGGCGGGAUUGCCACAACGCCGUCCAGAAGCUCGCUGAAUUCAAGGGCGCUAGUGUACAAGAACUGGUUGGCCGUUUUGCUCCAGUCCUUUUUGGUGCUGUUCCCAAAGAGUUCAUCUCGCUCCUCCUGCAGAUGUCGAAGAUGGACCCGCUUGUAGUCUUGCCAGCAAUAUUCUCGCCACACGCAUCGCCUACUCACAGGGCAGAGGCCAUGCGCUAUUUGGAGCACGCAGCCCGCCAGACAGCAGAAUCCCCCGGCCAAGCUGACAUGCGAAGUUCCUUCCGUGCAGGAAGUUUGCUUCAGAAUUUGGCCAGCUGCGUGGGCGACGAUGCUGCUUUGAUCACUUCACAGCGUUUUGGCUGGGCUACAAACACUGCCAUACUCAACACGCUCAUUCUUUGUUCAGCUGAGCCUCUGGAAGAAGCGCUUCCUCCCGAAGGUAGGCGCAAGUCUUUCGCAACGCAUGUUGCAUUAUGUCAGUGCAGCUCCACAUAUGCGCGAGUUUCGCUUGAUGUCAGUCAGGAGUCCAAUCCGUUUCUGGAUCCCCAUUUUGCUCUUCGGGUUUGUCGGCAACAAGGCUUGGUAAAAGCGCAGGUGCUCCUGUAUGGAGUCAUGGGCAUGCAUGAGGAGGCGGUUGAUGUGGCAUUGCAGCAUGAAGAUGUUACGUUGGCAAAGCGGAGCGCCUGCAAGCCUCAUCUGUCACAGAAGAGACUACGCCAGAAAUUGUGGCUGCGCAUCGUGGAACAUCAGGCCACAAGCUGCGACGUGCCCAAAAUCAUCGGAUUGAUCCGAGAGUCGCAAGAGCUUACAAUCCGGGAUGUGCUGCCGUAUCUGUCGGACUCGAUGACAAUAGACGCCUUCAAGACUGAAAUUUGUGACUGCCUAGACUCCUACGAAGGCCAGAUCGUGACGUUGCGACAGGAGAUGGAUGAUCACCGACGGGCACUACAGGCCUUCAAAGAGGAUCUUAAGCAAGCAGAGGAGCGGUGCAUCUUCGUAGCUCGAGAUCAAGCCUGUGAGCUGUGUGGUGCAGACGUGGUCCGCGAGCGUUUCUAUGCAUUUGCCUGCAGUCACUGCUGCCACGAAGCCUGUAUCCGCGCGCUGAUCCUCCCUGCACUCUCCGUUGAGAAGCGUGAAGAAGUGCUGAAGCUCGAGGCAGCUCGUCUACAGCAUCAGGCAACGGCGGCUGGCGCACAGCCUGCUACACAAAUGCCAACGCCGCUCGCAGAGGUGGAAGACAAGCUUGACGGAAUUCUUGCUGAGGAUUGUCCACUGUGUGGCCAGCUGAUGAUCGACACAAUAGAGAAACCUUUCAUUGAUUCCGCGGAGGUGGAUGAGAUAGAGUCCUGGGCUGUAGGAGCAAAUGCUCCACUGUAA